AUGGACUCGGUCAUCACAUCUGAACUGACAAUACUGCGCCGUCAGUACCUCCAGCUGGUUGACUUGCCACUGCUGAGGUGGCCACAUGAAUCUGUGCUGAAGCAACCGGCUGUGCAGUCGUGGAUUUUUCACAACUUGUUCGACUCGGACAACAUCACCACGCUGCCACCAGAACGAUAUCGUCUGAGAGUGUUGAAACUUCUGGUGUCGAAAUUGGAAAGAGCCAUUGACGACCCAGAGGAGGAUGUGAGCUUUCCCUUGCUUGUGUUCUACGAUCAGUCCUACAGAAAGCACGCGUCACACUCCCUAUUCGCCCACGUACACUAA